AUGAAGUCAGAUCUCAAACCAGACAUCUUCCAAGAGCUUCAAGCGAGACACUUUACGUGCCUGCGUGAUUUUAACCCAGUUGAAAUCCAAGUCAUCGAAGUGGGCGGGUUUGAGACCGGAAACCCAACCGUUCAGUCGUUCGUAGUGAAACCAGAAGAAUUAGAGGGUUGGCUUAGUCGAAUUGACGAAAACCAGGGACAGUCGAAGCGCAAAUUGCGGAUUAUGCUCGGGUACCUUGGAAAAGGAACGAAGUAUGACUACAUGAUGCCUACUGGAGACAACAUCGCAACAGGCGUCUCGGAGUUCGCCCUACCCUUCUCUCAAAAACAUUUCGGAAUGGUUUCGGAGAAGUUUAGACUGCCGAAGAUAACGUCCAUACUACUCACUAAAGGCGCUAGAGCAAUAAGGGGUCACUUUCAGGUUGAAAGGAUAUCAUCUAAGGAAGAGAAUACGGCAUACGGAAUGGCUAUGAGCUCAUUUAGUAGCUUGCUGAUUGGAAUUAAACUAGCAAUCUCGAUGUCGUACAGUCCUUGUACGGGUGUCACCAACGCCAUACUUCUAGGAAGUGGUUCUAGCAAUGACUUUUCAUGGCUCCAGCGAGAUUUAGAGCACCUGGUGUCCUUAGCUGACAACCCUUUUCUCGUUAUUACACUCAUCUGUCAACGUCUCAUGGAGGCUAUAUAUGCUUCCAUAGACGACAAUUUCGAUCGAUUACACCAGGUGGAGAUCGGGAGUGGCCAGACAGGAAUCAUGAUGUUUGGUGAGAACGGAAUGCCGAUGCCCCGAGGAAAUUGCGAAGACCCCAACCUCUCGACUACAGUUCUUGGUGUGGCACAGCAGGCACUCGCGAUUGAAGCCUACAUACAAGGACAUCAACUGACUGUAAGGUCUGCCAAAAGUGAACUAUUGGAAUUCCCAUGGCAGCGCUUCUCUCCAAUCAACCAUGAUCGCAUCCUUGAGCAGAACGAACUCAUUAUCAAACAACUUGAUUUCACCAAUCGAACGCUAGAUUUUGCGCUCCUUCGGGUUGGCCAUCUGAAACAAAGGGCAAAUGUGCAAGCGACAGCUAUCACCAAUUUACUCGCACAGCGGAAUAACGAAAUAAAUCGCAAACUAGCUGAAUCUAGCACAAGUAUUGCUCGCGAUACGAGACGAGAUAGCUUGGCGAUGAAAUCGAUUGCGGUUUUGACGAUGAUAUUCCUCCCAGGCACAUUCACGGCUACAUACUUCAGCACUCCUGCGAUGACAGCAUUACAGCCAUCCCAAAAUCUUUAUUGGAUUGUCACGGUGCCACUGACAGUUAUUGUUGUACUUGUAUGGUUACUUGCAUUCCAAUUUUGGGUUGCUGCCAAAUUUCAGUCCAUCCGUAGAGGAAACAUGAUCUAAUAGAAA